AUGUUGCUCUUGGACAACAGAGUGCUAGCUCUGGUAAUGGUCUGUUUUUUGCAGAUAUCCUUCGCCAGCCUACUAGAGAAACGUGCUAUGCCUCUUUUUAUCAGGCAAUGGCAGCUCUGGCACACCUAUAGCGGAGUAGUCAACCAAGUAGACCCCUUUACUGCGCCGACGAUACCAGCCAGCAUUCCCUAUGGCUAUAUAGGAUCGAACAACGGAAAGAUCUCAUCUUUCCUUUUCCAGGCGCAGCCUGAAGAUUGCGACAAUACAAAUGUUCAAGCGGUGAAGGUACUGGGCGAAGGUUCUUACGGAGUGGUGUAUAAGGGCAAGGUUGUUGAACCGGCAUCCCAAGCCGGUACAUUUGUGGCAGUCAAAUACACCAAGUCGAGAAAUCCGACAGCAAGAAUGUUGACUGGUGCGCGUAUCCAGUCGAGCAUCGACAGCCAAUAUGUCCUCAAGGUUUAUGGUUAUUUUCAGACUCAGCAGGGUACAGGUGGUUUGAUUACGCCCAUUAUCGCCGGUGGUGGGCUAAGAGAUCAGACAAUUGAUAUUCAAGGUGUGGGCGAGAGCAUGGUUAAUAAGGUAUUCAAGCAAAUUCUCCAGGGGGUAUCUGCCCUCCAUAGCCGAAGGGUGAUGCAUCGUGAUAUCAAGCCUGAUAAUAUCCUGUGGGAUGGUACUACUGCUUAUAUCGCCGACAUGGACACCGCAUCGACAGAGUCAUCUACGAGAGAGAUUGUUGUGGCCAAGGGAGAUGGAAUUGGUACUCCUGGAUACAUUUCGCCUGAACAAUUGAAUCUCCAAAUGUACACCAAAUCAGUUGAUGUCUUCGCAGUGGGCAUGACAUGGGUGAGGAUGAACGUCAAUGAGAUGUGGGAAGGAAAGCCAUUCCUAAAGUUCUGGAAGGCCGUUGUGCAGCCAGUGAGUGGAAACAUGUACAACACACCACAGGAAGUCAGUUCCAUACUUCAGGAGUACGAAAUAUCCCGGGAUAUGCGGAACCUUUUGAAAGAUGUGCUUUGUGGACCAGCUGAGCGUAUAACCAUUGACCAGUUUUUGGCUCGCUGGCGCACAAUAAAAGGCUGA